AUGGCCGCUCCAUCUACUCCCUUCGGCUCUCUCUCGGUCGCCUUGGCUCAGGCGAUUUCGUAUCUCACACGCUCUUUGAUUGUUCACUACUCAGCCACCACUAUCAUUAAACUGCAGCUAGCGCUUGAGGCAAACCUCACCGCACAGUUCGAGCCCUCCUGGAUUCCUACAGAGCCUCUCCGUGGCUCUGGCCGUCGCUGCCUCACCCUCUCUUCCAGCAGGGUACCACCGCGUGCCAUUUACAAUGCGUGCAGGACUGCGAACGUCCAGUGGUCCCAUUGGAUUACUCUGCUCGGUGGCGUGGAAUUCGACCUCUUCAUUGACCCAGGAUGUAUCUCCAUUCGCUUCGGAGAUUGGGAGUCGGGCAAGGCGAGCAAGUUUUUCACCAUCUGGCAUGAGGAGGUGGAACCCCAGACGAAGUCACUUCCUCCUCAGAACAGCAAGACUCUCGCGCAGCAACUAUUGGAAAACGAUCAGGAUGAGGACGAACAACUCUUCGCAUUGAUUGCAGAUGAAGUUCGCGAGCCUUCAUGGCUGACUCCCAUCCUGACGCAGUUCCCCACCAUCCCUUCACCUCUCCGAUCGCUGUCGUCCUUACCUGCCUUCACAGCCUCCCCCGUCUCUAGCCCCGACUCUUCUACCAUCUCUAGCCCUUCAUCUAGCCCGUCCUCCAGCCCUUCAUCUAGCCCUGCCUCCAUUGCGUCCAGCCAUUCGCGAUCAAGCUCAUCGAGUUCGAGUUCUGGCUUCACGUUCUUCUCGGAGGACAGCAUGGAUUCGUAUAGCUCUGCCACCACAGUGUCUGUGUCUUCGCAUUCCCCCCCUUUUCCCGGCGAGAAGCCGCAGUAUAAGGUGUCUCGCCGUGAACGCGCCAGGCAGGCUCGGGUAUUCGUCGACUCGUCGAAGAAGGAGGUGACGAACUACGAUGGCGGAAAGACCACUGUGCUCACCGGGGGCGUUAUGCUCGGUGGCGCGAACGUGUCACAGAAAGCCCAGACUGUCUUCCAUCAGAAGGCGGUGAGCCCAAGCUCGAGCUCCAGCUGGCGCACAGUCCGCGUUUGA